AGAUCGGCUCAUCCGGCGAGUUCAGCUGACAUAACCUUAAAUUUCAUAUCAAAAAAGUGAAAAACAAGCAUAAACAAGCUUAAUUUUAACAAUAUCUUGCGAAAUUCUUCAAAAAUAUUAAUUGUAAUACUUAAAAAUGCCAUAUGCUAAUCAACCUUCAGUGCAUAUCACUGAUUUAACCGAUGAAAAUGUUAAGUUUUACGUGGAAGACACCGAUUUAAGUGUAGCAAACAGUAUUCGAAGAGUUCUAAUCGCCGAAACGCCCACAAUUGCAAUCGAUUGGGUGAAACUCGAAGCAAAUUCGACUGUGCUAAGUGAUGAAUUCCUUGCACAUAGAAUUGGUUUAAUCCCACUGAUUUCUGAUGAUGUUGUCCAAGAAUUGCAAUAUCCGCGUGAUUGCAUGUGUUCCGACUUUUGUCCAAACUGCAGUGUUGAAUUCACACUAGAUGUGAAAUGCACAGAUGAUCAAACCAGGCAUGUAACCACUGCUGAUUUGAAAUCAAGUGAUCCAAGAGUUGUGCCUGCUACUUCCAAGCACAGAGAUGAAGAUCCUGCUGAGUAUGGAGAAACUGAUGAAAUUUUGAUUAUUAAACUGAGAAAAGGGCAGGAGUUGAAAAUGAGGGCUUAUGCUAAGAAGGGAUUUGGAAAGGAGCAUGCAAAGUGGAAUCCUACAGCUGGAGUUUGCUUUGAGUAUGAUCCUGAUAAUGCUAUGAGGCAUACUCUGUUUCCAAAACCUGAUGAGUGGCCAAAGAGUGAAUAUACACAACUGGCUGAGGAUCAAUAUGAGGCUCCGUAUAAUGGCGACGCUGUCCCUAACAAAUUCUACUACAACGUGGAGUCUGUCGGCGCGCUGAAACCGGAAAACAUCGUCUCGAUGGGUGUUGAUAUGCUCAAAGACAAACUCACCAAUCUUCUCACUCAACUCACCCAAGAAUUACAAACUGACGUAUUAGCUAUUUAAUUUUUUCUUUAAAUUUUCACUAGGCAACAACUUAUGCCACUUGUAACUGUCAUUUAUACCCUGAAAAAUCACUUUACAUUAUUUUAAUAUACAAAAACAACAUGAAUAUUCACAAAAAAGAAAA